UUCACGUCCCACAGAAACUUACCUGAACUGACCGGGCUGUUCUUGCAGUUCAUAUGGGUCCGUGUUUUCGAUCUGUAAACUACAAAAUAGGAUAUUGUAAAAGGACUUUCGUCUACAAUUAAAUAACCUAUAUAUAAAGUUUAUUGGUUAGUGUAUAUAUUAUUUAGUUAAUUGUGAAAUAUCGCUAGUGGCAUUUUUAACCCUUAAUAUAAAUUUUGUAUAAACUAACCUCACAAGCUUGGGUUUUGCCGAGCGAUUAUCACCUGGGGUUGCCCUUGUUCUCGAUUUUUGUAUACGUAUCGUUGAGUUUUGAAAUUUUUCUGCAUUUAUCGCGAAAGCUUAGAAAUCAAUAAUGUUUCGAAAAGGCGGUUUUUUCUUCCUGCUAGCCAUUAUUCAUUGUGGACUUGCUCAUGAAGAAGAUGUUCAUACUCUUCAAUUCACCGAAGAUACAUUCAAGGAUGCCAUCGAAAAGAAAAAUCAUUUUAUUAUGUUUUACGCACCUUGGUGUGGCCAUUGCCAAAGACUGGGUCCCAUAUGGGAACAACUUGCCGAAAUGUUAAACGAGGACGAGGAUAGUCGAAUUCGCAUUGGAAAAGUCGAUUGUACGACUGACAAUGCGAUUUGCUCUGAACACGACGUGACCGGAUACCCAACGCUCAAAUUCUUCAAGGCUGGAGAAAGCCAAGGUACGAAAUUCCGAGGAACUCGCGACUUACCAUCUUUAACUUCGUUCAUCAAUGAACAACUUGGCAGCAUUCCUUCGGAAGAAGAAAAUGAAGAAGUUGCACCUUCAAUACCAGAGGCUGUGAAUGGACUGAUAGAAUUAACGGAAGACACAUUCGAUAAACAUGUGUCAUCUGGUCAUCAUUUCGUAAAGUUUUACGCGCCCUGGUGUGGUCACUGUCAGAAAUUAGCCCCAACCUGGGACGAACUUGCGAAUAGUCUUCGCCACGACAAAUCAGUCAGUAUCGCCAAGGUUGAUUGUACGCAGCAUCGCGCAGUUUGUGGACAGUUCGAUAUCAAGGGCUAUCCCACUUUACUUUGGAUUGAAGACGGAAAGAAGAUGGACAAAUACACUGGACAAAGGGCGCACGAAGACUUGAAAGCCUACGUUGCCACAAUGCUUGGCAAAAGUGCAGAAAGUGGUGACAGUAAAGAAGAUGUUGGCGACGGAGCAGUUCUUCCGGUUUCGACUUUAACUGGAGAUAAUUUCCAACAUGGCGUCGAAAAGGGAAUCUCUUUCGUCAAGUUCUUUGCACCCUGGUGCGGCCACUGCAAACGUUUAGCUCCCACUUGGGAUGAUCUCGGUAAGAAGUUUUUGACCAAGGAAUCCGUUCGUAUCGCUAAAGUCGACUGCACUGUUGAGGCGAGCAAAGAACUUUGCAACGAACAGGAAGUUGAUGGUUUCCCAACAUUGCUAUUGUAUCGUGAGGGGAAAAAGGUGUCCGAAUAUAACGGAUCUCGUACUCUGGAUGACCUCUAUGAAUUUGUCAUGAACCACUUGAAAUCUCACGACGAACUGUGAUUACCUGCAAUCGUUACUUUAACGGAUUUUAUUGUACAAAGUCAUUUACGAGAAUUAUUAUUUCACCCUGUGGCUAUCUUUAUUUAACAGUGAAAAAACAACAGAAAGUGUGAAUCUUUUGAUUGCUUUUUUGUUUGAUUGUUAUGCUAAAUAAUAAACCUAUUCAUAGAGCGAGGAUAAUCUGGUGAAAUACAAGUAAUAAGAUCUUCCAUAAACGUUUUUAAACAUAAAAUUGAUGAACUUUGAAAUCAUCGCAAAUACGCUGAAUGCUUUUUUAGGAUCUCUUUUUUUAUUUUGAUACAAUUCUUAACUUCAAUAGCAUAAUAAAAGACCAAGUUUCGUAAUCUGUUUUUAGAAUUGUAGUAUUUUUAUCAAUUAUUUUUUUUUAUGCAAAUCAAUUUUAGGCACAGUUUUAAUAAGUGAUUUGUCAUCCAGUACUUACAGAAUUGCAUUUAAAUUUGGUUUCAGCAUCAAAUGAAGCUAGCGAAGUAAUUUUUUGUUGUUACAAAUUCUUUUUCCAUUUUAUACUGUCUUUAUUAGCAGUUUGAGUAUAUACAAAUAUUGAGUCGUAGUGUAAAUUUAAAAGUAAAUCUGGCAUUCUUUCAAUUUGUGUUACAUGUCGAAAGACAUCAAGAAAACAGAAAAUACUUUUCAGAAACUAUUCAAUGACAUUUCAUCUUCUUAAAGCAAACUACACUAAGUUAAUUUGCCAUGAUACUGUCGUCCAGAUGAAGACUGUAGAUAGCAACUUUUUUCAUCAGGGCGGCAAAAUAAACCAAAAAUUAAAGACAGACAAAGUGAUUACAUAUAUAUUCGUGAUACAUUUAUACAUUGAUUUCAUGUACAAGAAAAAACAUACAUUUUUAGUAGGUAUGUACAAUAAUCGCAUAAUUAUAUUACUUCGUCGAAAUACAGGUCACACAUACUGAUACGUCUGAAACUGUAACUAUAUUUCAUACUUUGAAUUGUUCUCACCUAAAGUUUCAAUAAAAACCUUUUUCUUGGCAAA